UUGGUGUUCAGCUUCAGCUCUGAGUAUACAGUAUCAGCACCAACACUGGCUUUUUCUAAUUGGAGCAAGAGAUCUUGUAUUAAUCUCUAGAAAAAUCCAUCUAAACACAUUAAAUAAUGGUUUUCUCUACCUUUUAUUCUCAUAGAUUUUUUCUGUGGUUUUAUUACAAGUUCACUAUAAGUCACAUCACCACCACUGGGUUCAGCAUCAACAUCUGCAGAGAGAACAAAACCAUCACAGAUCACCAGCCUUAUAAUACAUCAUUCAUUACAGCAUCACUUACACCACAGUGCUGUUGAAGUCUCAGUUUUUAUAGAAACAUUUCAGUGGCUAUUUGUCGGUUUAAGGAAGUGGCGUCUUUGUUCCUUGGACGUUUCUGGUUAGUUGUCGAGCACAUUCAAAACAACAGCAGGUGCUUUAUGCACAGUGAGAUUGCGAUAUUGUAUCUUGCUAUUAAAAAUGUCAGUAUUAAAACUAGGACCAUGUUGCUCGGUGGUUGGAUGCUCCCUCAGGCCCAGAUAUAACCUACUUAUUAAAUUAAAGUGUUUAGAUUUCCGAACAACAAAACACACCUGGAUUCCAGCAGUGAAGCGAGAAGCUGUAUACCGAUUAGCAAUUCUAGGAUAUGUAGAACACACUUCAGCUCUAGUAAAUAAACAACAUUUGCGCCACUGAGUUGUUUGUAUUUCUUUUCAUGCAUUAUUUAAAUAUGAUGCAGCAUAAUUUGAGCCAGCGUAGUGGCUCCGUCAUUGUUUUCAUAUUGUGGCGCCAGGCCGGUAGCCGGCGCACAGGAAACGAAGGUCGCUCCUCACGCGACUGCCGCAGUGGCGCAGAAGACACAGUUCCGCUUCAGCGCCACCAAAUGUUUUGGACAUCCAGAGAGCACGUGGCGGCGGGGCGGGGCCGCCGACACACCCACGGUUCGUGAAUGGUGCACCGUGUGGAAGAAUUCCACCAUCCAGCAAGCGAGGGGGGAGUAUAAAAGGGCGAUAUUCCACUCGUAGAAAGAGAGAAGUAUCUCCGAGCAUGUGACUCCGACGCGAGUGACGGCUCCGCCCCGCCCCUUUGGCUGUAACCGCCAACGGCUGAGACCCUCACCGCCCAAUCGCCCUUCAACCCAACGGCUGAGACCCUCACCGCCCAAUCGCCCUUCAACCCACACACACACACCCCCGUUCACCGAUUGUCUUAAAUAAAUCCCCCAUAACAUUGAAACAGCCUCCUGCGUGUCUGUGCUCCGCCCACCGCUGGCUAAAAUCCUUACACUGGUGGAGGAUGCGGGCAUGAGCACAGACCCACCCGUCUAAAAAAAAAAAAAAAAAAAAAAAUAAGCGUCCCCCCCCCCAUUCUCCCUCUCCUCCAUUGGGGAUUGUUCAUAAACAUGGAUCUGAUGCUGCAGCACCUUCUGGAGGCUAGUAUCCAGCAGCAAAUGGUGGCACAACAGCUCGCCUACAGCCUACAAGCGGUGACACAAGAGCUAGCGGCCCUGAGGACAGCGACUCCUGCAGCUGCUAUGCACCUCCCCUGAUCCUGGCUGUGAGGUCCGACGCCUGCUUCCCCCUCUAAACCCCGAAGACGACAUCGAGGCCUACCUCGAGAAGAGUGGGACCGCGAUGAGUGGCCACGCAUCCUCGGCCCGCUGCUUUCCGGGGAGGCGCGCACGGCCUAUUACUCCCUCUCUGUGGAGGAAGCAGCUGACUAUGGAGAGGUAAAGAGGGAGGUCCUGGCAUAGUGUGGGCGAAACCCGCUCCAGGCAGCGGCAGAGUUCCACCGGUGGUGCUACAGGCCGGGAGCCAAGCCACGUGGACAGAUGGACACCCUCCUGCGCCUCACCAAGAGGUGGCUCCAGCCUGACAUGCACUCUGCCUCUGAGGUUGUAGAGAGGGUGGCUGUGGACCAGUUCCUGAGGACCUUGCCACCCACAGAACACCAGGCCGUGGGGAUGCGAGCCCCCAGGGAACUAUUGACUGCCCUGGAACACACCCUGACCACCCUGGCACUCGGCAAAGAGGGACAGCACCAGCAAGGCCACCCGGACUACGGGGCGCCCCGGGACGAGCCCAGCCCGACCGAACCAGACCAUGUGACACUGAAGAAGACCCAGAAAACCUGGCCGGCAGGACGUGUCCUCCCCACGCUGGAUCGGCCAAAACCGCCGCAGCGAGCGAAAGGAAGCACGAGUGCAACAGGCCUACCUGGCCCGAGGCGAGGUGGACGCCGGGACAGAAGGUAAGCUGCACACACCUUCUAACCCUCUCUCGUCUGUAUUCCAGCAGGUAAACCGGCAGGGGAACUUUGGCCAAGAGCAGAAAGAGAACAGCCGCCUGAAGUAUUGCUGGGCCCAGGUGCGCCAGAUCGAAGGGAUCGACCAGAGCCCGAACCAGAGGCUCCCCUCCUCUUACUUUAUGGUCAAAGGAGGCUUACUGUACCACAGACAAAUGUCAUCCAAAUUGUACAAACAAAUGUUCCCAACUUUUCCACCAAGGAAGUAAUUGUAAGCACCCAGACUGCGAUAGGCUUUUACUGCAUCUCUCGUGUAGACGCACUGGCUCUCAACCAGCUAAUGGUACGUGUCUGGAUAAGUAUCUUCAUGUAAACGUUUAAUGUUCUGUGUGAAAAGUUCUCUCCCUGGGUAAUGCCACUUCAUCAUUUAUUUUCAGUUUUUGUAAAUACCUCAACAAUUCAGAUUUAGCUAGACCUAAAAAGUAUGCGCUAGUCAUUUUGUUUUGACUCGUCUGGGAUUUAAAAAUAGCAGAAUGGAAAUGCUUCAGGACCAGACAUGUGCAGUAGCACUGUAACUCGUUUAUUAUUGUUUACGUCCUUAAAGUGGUCUAUAGUAAUAAUAAUUCCUUUAUCUUUCAGUAUGCACUGUAGCAUCUGUUCAGGACAGUGAUUGUCAGUGUAAUAGAUGACUGUAUAUAGUGGACACUGUUCCACUUGUAGAUUUAUGUGAAAUGUCUCAUCAUUAAAAAUA